CCGAAUUGGCACUAAGUGGCCUAAUGUGUGCCAAGAAAACAUCCCCCACACCAUUACACCAUUGCAUUAUUAAGAAAUUGAACAGGUGUUCCUAAUUAUCCUUUAGGUGAGUGUAUAUUGUUCAUUGCUAGUUCAUGAUAUCUAAAACUAAUACAAAACAAAUACAAUCUUAUUGUAAAGUGAUAUGAUAAUUAGAAUCAACAUGCAAACACAGCAAAUAUUAAUGAAGAGUACAAAUAAUAGUAAUAAUAAAAUGUAAACUACAACUUCUUUCAUAUUUUUAUAAUUAUUUAUUUAAAAGUUGUGGUUUUGUAUUUUCCUGUGGUUUAUAAUGUGUCAGUUUCAUAACUGUAAUUGUGGGACUAAUCUCAUUUCUUACUUUUUUGUUUCCAAACCUUUACAGUCAAUAACAGGAUGGCUCUUUCCACAAUUUAUGCAGAGUUUAAUAUGUUAUUGUUUUCAUUAAUAACAUUUUUACUAAAUAAGUCCUAGUAGAUUCUUUGUAUUACUCUGAAACUCAAGUUUACCACAAUGGGGCUUCCCCAGAAAUACUUUGAAUAUGAAGAUGGAAACUCAAAAAUGAUCACUCAAAGAAAUCUGGGGCAAGCAGGAAGGCUCUGUUUGUGGUGAUGCGAUCACACGGGUUGUCUUGCAUGAACGGGAACAUGUGCGAACGACAUGGCGCAGGUGUUUGAAAGCUUAAGCAUUAGAUGUGACUAUUAAAGCUUUGAGUCUCGUCGAGCAUGAUGGUGAGCAAGAAUUAUGGGAAUAACACAGGAGACAAACACCUUCAAAGACUGCACAUCACAUCUCCAAUUAACAUUAUGGUAUCUACACACUUUACAAGACAACUCUUCUUCAGAGGUCCAGCGUAUUAGGAGUCCAAAUUAGGUUUGCAGAUGUGGAAUGAAAUGCAUUCAAGACAAAGAUAUGACAACAUGACAUCUUUAUGACAAGCAUCUUGGACACGUUUGACUGUUGCGUGUGAGAGAAUCUAAGAAAAAACAGAUAUGGAAACAAAUAAUGGACACACUAUUUAUUAACCAUAGAGGCACAGGACGACAAAGGCAUGAUAUGGAUAUUUUCAUUGGAGUUUGCCAAGUGGUGUUCCUCCUACUUUUUAACCUCAACCUCUGUGGCUGCUAUAGAGUCGUUUGUGCUGGAAGGUUGAUAGUAGAGUCGGACAUCAUCCACAUGGGCACAAGCUUGACUGUACACUGCCAAUCAAGCACCGAACGCUGUGGCAGACAAUUUGCCAUAGAUAUCGAUGGACAGACAGUUUUUGAAAUAUCUAAUUGCUCUGUUAUAACAACUAAGAUAAUUGUCAAUCAGCCCAAUCCCAGGGUCCUCUGCAAGGUGAAGGAGAAUAAUAAUUGGCACCUAGUUUGCAGACAAAAUCUCAAGGCUGGCUAUCCACCAUCAAAACCAACAAAAUUUGCCUGUAUCACACAUCGACAUUCAGAGUAUGUGAACUGCUCUAUGGGAGUCUUAACUGAAACACAUUUAUUGACAAACUACACAGUACAAUUUAAGCAUGAAAGGACAUCUCAGUCCCUCCUGUAUGAAAUGAAAAAUGGUCACGUUUCUAUUCCACGAUCUGUGUUUAAUGAGACCAUGACGUACCAAGUUCAUGUUAAGGGUCGUAAUGCAUUAGGAGAGGCCAACUCUACUUUUACCUUCUCAGUUUUGGAUAGCGUGAUUCCAAGCACUCCAGAGAUAACAAAGGUUGAGUUUAAAAACCACUCCUUUAUAAUACACUGGAAGAGCGAUGAUGACCCUUCAGCGAAACCAGACCUAAGGUUCAGAAGCAUACACAAUAAUCAGGACUGGGGUCUGGGAUCAGUGAUAGAGCUUCAAGCUGGACUUAUACAAAUGCAGGAAAGCUUGGUGCCGUUUAUUCCCUAUCAGCUUGAGCUAAGAGUGUGUGUCACUUCAGCAAACUGCAGUAUGUGGAGUCGCACCUUCAAUAUAACCAUCCCUGGAAAAGCACCCUCAUCCAAACUUGAUGUGUGGAGAGUAAUUACGAAGAACACCAUGGACCAGCUUCAGGAUGUUACUGUGUUUUGGAAGCCCUAUACACCAGACAAUAACAGCGGAGGUUUGUUACAAUACAAGUUAUCUUAUAAAGAAAAAGGCAGAGUCCAUGAAUUGAACUGCUCAGCUCACGUCACUCAUUACACACUUCGGCUUUCUCUGAAAGUAACAGAGAUUAACGUCAGUGCUGUUACAUCCUCUGGCUCCUCCCCCUCAGCACCUGUCAACUUGUUAUAUACAGGUAAACCGGCCCCCAUCAUAACACAUUUAUCUCCAGCACCAGGGGGCGCUAUGCGUUUAGGUUGGGACUUAUCUCAUUACAGAGAGGGUUUGGAAAGAAUUAUGGGUAUUGUAAUCCAGUGGCAACAGAGCCCAAUGGCUUUACAAUGGAAGAGAUUAGGCAAAGACUACAAUAAUACAUUCCUGGAAGGUAUGCAAGAUGGUGUCUUGUAUAACAUUUCAUUAUAUAUUGAAGAAACCAGUGGAAUUUCAUACCCUGCAUUUCGUCAAGUUUAUUCAAAAGAAAAGAAGCCAUUAGGAGGUCCAGAUGUAUCAAUCAAUCCUGUAGGAGACAAGCACAUCCUCAUCGAAUGGAAAGAGUUAGAUCAAGAGAAACAGCGAGGAUUUAUCACACACUACACCAUUUACUUUCAAAGACACAAAAACAAGAUGCUCCUUCAGAACACAACGCUGCCGUCAGCAUUUCCUAGAUCUUUGAGUUGGAAGUUGCAGGAUCCGCUGGAAAGUUUUGAUGUCCUGGUCUCUGCGUGGAACUCUGCGGGUGAAGGACCCAAAGGAAAAGCCUCCACCUGCUAUAUUCACAGGAGCUUGACAUGUGGAAAGAUGUUUGAAAGAAAUAAGGAUACAGAUAAAAUGAUAGCUGGAUUUUGUUUGGUGGCUGCCGUUCCUAUGGUGAUCCUUGCAAACCUGAUGUACCUUAAAUGUGUACGGCAAAGAAUGAUGAAGAUGUGUAUGUCAAUGGGAGUCUCAUGGCUUUUUGAAAAUUUACCCAAAUUUGAUAAUAGCAAUGCUAUAAAACUACUUAAGGAUGAGAGUUACAGUGCAUGGGAAUCUCUUCCUUGGGACAAUGAUCCUCCCUUAACUCCUGUUGAAGAAGUUAAUCCAUCCUGGGAGAGGCAAGAUUCUUACCCAACUGUGCUUCAUGAAGAUGUCCCGGAAACACCUGUGGAGAGGCAAAGUUGUAUAGAAUGUCCCUAUAAGCCACAGAGAACAGAAGACGUCUAUGAGACAACAGAAGAAGAGGUAAAGGAGGACGACGAGGACCAGUUUUCCUUGCUGAUGUCUCCAUCACCCGUGCCUUAUGAUUUCAGUUGGGAUUUAACCAGCAUUCCUGUGAUAAAUAGCCGUCUCAAUAGCUUCUUAACUAUGGAUGGAGGUCUCGGAUCCUUAAGCGUUCUUGGAAGCUUCCUAUCAACCCCUCACCCACCCUCACAUAACGAUGAAGGAAUGGAGAAUGAUGGGAAGAAUGUGGAAGCAGAUGAGUUAGGACAGAGUUCUUUCAUAAGCCAAACUGUACACACUAGUGACAUGGAGAGCUGUCUGAUUAAUUCCAGUCCAUACUCCCCACAAGGGAUUUGUUUUAGGUUUUUAACGCCGGAAGAUGUUUAGGAGCUCUUUGUAAAGGAUUGCUUGGCAUAUGUCCUGUCAUCAGCAAACAUGCAUUUGUCUAAGCAUCGAUAAUCCUGACAUAGCAACAAUGCAAAAUGCUUGCCUUUUCAGUGGAAAUGGGGCAAGUACCUUUGAAAACAAACACAGGCACUUGCAGUGAAACAAACUAUGAGAUUUUUUUUGUGCUGUUAAAGGAAAUAUCAGCACUUUUGCAAUGCCUGGGAUGGGAGGACAGGAACUAACUGUUGUUUUGUACAAUGAUAUUUUAAUUCUGUGUGUGCUGAAAGAAACAGCAUAGGAUAAUGAAUUGUAGUUUAAGCAUUUUAAACUAAAUAACCUUGAAAACCUAAAAAACUUGAAGAAUGUUUUAGGACUUGCACAAAGUGACCAAAGAGGCUUGCACCAUGAUAUACGUCAAGCAUUAUUUUUUGAUGAUUUUAUAGCAACAAGUCUCUAUGGUGCAUAUUGCUUCUUUCAGAAUAAAUGGUACAAAAGUUCUCACUGGGAUGGUACCUUUUUAAAAGGUCCUAUUAUGUACUUUUGAGCAACAGAUAGGUACCUUGAGGUAACAGUAUAGGCAGUGGUUACCAACUCCCAAAAUAUUUCCACAUAUAAAACACUUGAUUCAAUUUAUCAGCUUGUUAGUGUGUUAAAGGUACAGUGUGUAGAUUUUAGCGGCAUCUAGUGGUGAGGUUGCAUAUUGAACCCUCUCUUUCGAAGCACAUAGAGAAGCUACGGUAUAGCCGACACAGGACAAACAUGUCAUUGUCUAAGACUUUGGCUCAUCGUAGUGACAAAUGCCCUCUGUAGAGCAGUUUGUCUGUUUAGGGCUACUGUAGAAAAAUGAUGCCGCAAAAUGGCGGCUUCCAUGUACGGGGACCCGUGGUGUAUGUAGAUAAAAACGGCUCAUUUUAAGGUAAUAAAAACAAUGUUAAUUUUAUAAGGUCUUUAUACAUCACUGAAAACAUAGUUAUCUAUAUUAUAUUGCAUUGCUGUCAAAAAAUCAUUCUAAAAUUUACAGACUGCACCUUUAAUAAAGGAAACAUUUCAAACAUUCUGGAAGGAGCUUGAUGAGUGGAAUCAGGUUUUUCAUAAUGAGACAUCCAAAACAUUCUGGGAUUGGGGCCUAAAGACUUGGGAGGUCGGAAUGUGAACCAUUGCUCUAAGGUACAAAAGUGUACUUUUUAAAAAUGUACCACCCCAGUGACAACUUUUGUACUUUCUUGUACUUUCUUUAUUCUGAGAGUGUAUUAAAGAUUUAAUCAAUCUGUACUUUUGGCUCUGUUUGCUGUAUAUGUGUUCAUGCUGAAAUUUGUAUUAAAGGGGACAUUUCACAAGA